GCCGCGCCGCCAGCGCAGGGCCGGCCGCCGCCAUGCGGUUCCGGGCUAAGAUCGUGGACCUCGCCUGCCUCAACCACUUCAGCCGCGUGGUGAACACCGUGGCGCGGCUGGCCCGCAGCUGCACGCUGCGCCUGGCGCCCAGCAGGCUCUACUUCAUCCUCUGCCAGAAAGCGGCCAACGGGGGCGUCAGCGUCUGGUGCGAGCUGUGCCAGGGGAAUUUCUUCGAUGAAUUUCAGAUGGAAGGAGUAGCUGCAGAGCACAAUGAGAUCUAUUUAGAGUUGGUGCCUGAGAACCUGUCGAGAGCAUUAAAAACUGCCCAGAAUGCUAAGGCAGUGAAGAUCAAGUUGACUAACAAGCACUGUCCCUGUCUGAGAGUUGCUGUGGAGCUACCAUCCUUAUCCAGCAGCAGUAGGAUUGUGACACAUGACAUUCCUGUGGGGGUUAUUCCCAGAAGAUUAUGGAAUGACUUCAGAGAGCCCAGUGUGCCAGACUUUGAUGUCAGUAUUUAUCUACCAGUGCUGAAAACAAUGAAGAGUGUUGUGGAGAGAAUGAAGAAUCUCAGCAAUUCCCUUGUGAUUGAAGCAAACUGGAAUGGAGAAAUGAACUUGAAAAUAGAAACUGACUUAGUAUCUGUAACAACACAUUUUAAAGACUUGGGAAAUCCUCCUUGGGCAUCAGAGGAUGGAUGUCAAAGUUCUGCUCAAGACAGAGAUCUGGAAAGAAUGGCUGAGGCACGCAUAGACAUCAAGAAGCUGCAGCAGCUGCUUGCUGGACAGCAGGUCAAUCCCACAAAAGCAUUGUGCAAUAUUGUAAGUAAAAAAAUUGUCCACUUCAUCUUGCUCCAUGAGGAUGUUUCACUUCAGUAUUUUAUUCCAGCACUUGCCUGAAUGUUUUGGAAUCUCAAGUCAUUUUCCGACCUGAGGUCUUUUCCACAAAGUCUGAAAACUUUCAUGAGUUGCUGGAGUAUUCUCAUGAUGUUAGAAGCAGUUAUCAGAUGGACAUUAAUUCCGUAUUUAUGAAAUUAUUCAAAAUAUCUCCUCAUCCAGAAGACCACUUUUGUGAAGAGUUAUGUGCUAAGAAAGACAUAAUGCUGGGGAGCUGGUGUAUCAGCCUUAUGGGGAGCAAAACUGAAAUUUGUAUGUGCUUUUGGGAUGCUUUGAGUUGUUGUUGACAAAUGCAAAGGUAGAAUUGACCUGUGGCACUGCUUCUGGGUGUGUUCGGUAUUGGACGAUGCAGCUUCAAGAUAAGAGAUUUCUGAUCAAGCUGUCAUACCUCCAUGGAGCAGGAGAGCCAUCUUGGAGGGUUGAUAGGUGGGUGUUUGCCUGGGCAGGUAAGCACAACACUCCUGAAGUGGUGGUGAAUUGACUUCUGUUCCAGCAGUGAUUUAUACAGACUUGAUGUGCUGGUUGUUGUGCAGCAGAAAUGUCUCUGAGGCAGAGGAGCUUCCUUUGGCUGCCAGCACGUAAUGAAAUGUAACAGGUGCUAAGAAGCACCAACAGCUCAGCAGCGUCUGUUUGAACCUGGUUUUAUCUUUUGAUCUGACAUGUUGCAACAUACCUCAGUAGUUCUGCUAGUUCAUGAACUGAUGUGUUAGGUCUUGGCCUAGAAGGAUGAGAUGAAGUCUGAAUUACCUCAUUAAUGUAACAGGGAAGAUCUCUGUUCAGGUACACAAUAUCAUAUGAGGUCAUGUGUGAACACAGCAACUGGUGUGAAAUAAAGGCCAAGUUAUCUGUGGAUCACAUUUCUUCCCCUUUCCAAUGGAAAGCAUUGUAUAACCUGUGUCAUCAUGGCAUCAGACAUGAUGAGAUAGCAUCCAGACUCUGAUGCUGAGCAGCCAAGAGCAUGACUAAGUCUCACAGAGGGGAGUACUGCCCCUUCUUCUAUUUCCUGGUUAUCUUCUGAGGCCUUUUCCUCCUUUAUCCUGUGUGAUUGUAUUUGCUAUCCAGCCAUUUUCCAUAUAGCCCUUGGUGUUCCUCAGGGUUUUGAGUAUCUUCUGAAACUUCUUGUUUUAGAAAGAGUGAUUUUUUGCUGCCAAAUGGAACAGGGAGUUUCUGGUACACAGUAACUCUUGUAUUGGUCAGAAGUGUUUGGCUUGCUAUUUUUUAAAGGGGCACUGAAGUUAGGAGAGAAACUAAUUUUUCUGUUCUUGCAGAUGUAAAUGGUUGAGAAGGCUGAAGGAGAGGCAGAGACCUAGAUAUGUUAUGCUUCAUUGCUUCUUCCACCAUUUCUAUCAGACUAACCAGCAAGCAUCUUCCAAAUCCUGUUAAUUUUCAUGGGAAACUGCAAUUACCAAAAUGGUCUGUGGAAGAUGGUAGUAGCUGUACAGCUGGAUGCAGCAAUUGCAUGUUGAGAGGUGUGUGGUAAAUAUUCCUGGAUUUUCUCCUGAGAGGGGAAAAACUGUCAGAGUAUGAUAUAAAUAAAGCAUGCACUAUGAAAGCAGGAUUUGAAAACUUGGGAUUUUCUCCUUUGAAAAUGUGUUCUGCAUAAGCUGAUGGAAAUGCUUGUUUCUGGUGUAGCAUAAAAACUAGUGACAAUGGGUCUCAGCUCUGCAGGCUUUAUGAUUGCUAUUUUUCCAAAGAGAUUGGAACUUAUAAUUGCAAAAAAAAGUGGCUUUUUGUUUGUUUGUUUUUAAUAAAAAAUAAAUGACAGUAGGAGUAAUGCUGGCACAGAUCAA